AUGGCUUUCAACUUCGGAUCUUCCGCCGGCCCUGCCGAAGCAGGCGCGCCGAAAGACCUCUUGGAUGUUUUCACCGACGAUGUCGGUUUCAAAGGCAUCUCUGGUGAUGCCAACAUCCGCCUACUCCCCACCCCUUGGCCUCAAGACGCCCUCCCGGCCCCAAACACAUCUCUUUUGGCUGUCGCGCAGACGAAAGCUCUCGUUGUUGGCGCGGGCCCGGAUUGCCUGGUUGUCGCCACCACCGAGUCGAUCAGAAAAGCCAUCGAGGCUCCUACCGGUGAAGACAAAGUGAAAACGAAGCCCUUCCAACCACAUGCGACAAUCCCGCUUCCAGCCCGCCCAACUCAUGUUGCGUUCACUGCGAGCGACGAUGCGUUGAUCAUCGCGACAGAGAACGGGUCUCAAAUUACGGUUUUCCAGACGGAGACUUUGUUACAGGGUAACGCGCAACCGGCUUUAUCGGUGCCAACAAAUGGCGUAUCGAUACGAUCACUUGCGCCAAACCCAGAUCCCACUUCGACCUUUGUUGCCUUAGUCACCACUAAUGGUGAACUCCUCGUCGCAGACCUGAAGGCUGGAAAUUUAAUCUCGGGUGCUAAUGGGCCUAUCCUUCGGAAUGGUGUGAGCUGCGUUGCAUGGAGUAACAAGGGAAAACAGCUUGUGGCUGGUAUGGCGGACGGAACGGCGGACCAGAUGACUCCAGACGGGACAAAUAAGGAUCAAAUCCCUCGCCCGUCUGAUUUGGAGGGGGAGUGCCAUGUCUCGUCGAUCGGAUGGCUGGAGAACGAUGUCUUUCUCACGGUCUAUACCCCGAAUGCCCCAGAAGACGACAUGGGGAUUCCACAAUCAUUUUUCUACAUAAUCACACGACGAAAGCAGGCUCCAUUUUUGAUCCAGAAGUUGCCAGACCUCUGUUCCACUCUCGGAUUCAUGAUAAAACGAGCGCCAGCAUACCAGUUCAUCGUCCGACUGCGCGACUAUAAGCCUCAUUUGAAGGAUGUGUUGAUGGUCGCAUCAACCGCCUCCUCGGAUGUCGGGCUCAUCGUUCGAUCUGAUAAAGAGCUAGGUGAAAUUCCUGCCGGCCAAUUUGCGGUAGCCAGUGUCAGCGAUGACAUUAAGAGGGCAUCGGUUCCGUUAGCGGACACUGGCGAUGACACAUCGGUGAUUGGCUUGGCUGCUGACUUGUCUAGCCGAGAGAAUGUCCUCUCGCCCAUCCCGGGAGAGGAUAUUCAAGAGACCUCGUCACCUCUACCAGCCCUAUUGCUCUUGAACAAUGAAGGCAUCCUUUCGUCCUGGUGGUUCAUCUACACGGAGUCUAUUCGCCAGAACAUCCCAUACUCUGGCCUUGUGUCAGCCAGCCAACCGUCAGUCACAGCCUCCCAACCUCCGGCUGCACCUUCACAGCCGACUGCUGCUCCCGCUCAGCAGCAGCCCGCGUUUGGUCAGCCCUCAUUUGGCACACCGUCACCAUUUGGCUCUUCUGGGUUUGGGAAGCCCUCGGGGGGUGCUACAUUUGGAAGCCCCUCCACAAUGGGAGCAACAGCCUUCGGAAAGCCAUCCGCUCCAUCAUUUGGAAGCCCAUCAGGCCUUGGUGGUAAUGCGGCGCCGGCAUUUGGAAAACCUUCAUUUGGCUCUGGAACUGCGUUUGGCCAGACCAGCUCUCCAGGACAGCAAGCACAGUUUGGCAAGUCAGGCUUCGGCGCGGCCAGUACGCCUUCGCCAUUCGGACAGCCUAGCACCCCAGGCAAGAGUCUUCUAGGUUCUGGAACCGCUACAAGUGGUGGUGGAUUUAGCUCUUUCUCAGGAGGGGCAGGAGGAGGCGGGUUUGCCGGAUUCGCGGCUGCAAAGCCAGGAGAGUCCCCUUUCGCAAAGGCAUCAGGUGAUAACGCAUUCUCAAAGGCAUCUCCCUCGCCCUUCGGAGCUAAGCCCUCAAGUGACACGGCUUUCCCACCGGCACCGACGGAGGAGGUGAAGAAUCCUUUCGGAUCUAGAACUACUGGUGGUUUCGUUCUUGGUUCCUCUUUCAAGGCUGAUGGUACGGCCGCAACUGACUUGCCUAAAUCAGAGAAACCUUCGUCUGGUGCGCUCUCUUUUGGCGGAUUUGGCGAGUCGAUCUCUAUUUCGAACAAACCAAGCACUCCUGCCGAGUCUAUGGACGACACGGAGGACACCACUACUGCGGCCGAGCCAGCCAAGAUCGAGCCUGUUUCUCUCUUCGGACGGCCAAGCAAACCCACAGCCCCGGCUCCAUCGCUGUUUGGCACACAGACAACGCAACCUAUCAAGUCGCCUCCGCCUCUUGAGACAAACAAAUCGAGCUCGGGUUUCUCCAUCUUUGGUACCGCUUCUGCUACCACUCCCCAGUCUCCCUUUCAAACGUCAUCCCAGACACAGGCCACUAGCCCACUAUCCGCGCCUUCAGACGUAACGGCUACCCCGAUGAGGGAACCCUCCGUGACCACCCCUACGCUUACCUCUCUCGAGGCACCGUUGCCUCCUGACCCCACUAGCAGGGCCAGUUAUGCCCCAGGAGACACGUCAGCUUCGUCCAACGUCUCCAAAAGCUCUGUUGAGGAUGCCCCUCUUCCCCCGGAUUUCGUCCCUGAGAAGAAGCCCUCUUCCUUCUUCGGCGAUGCACCUCUGCCACCCGACUUUGUUACUCAGAAGAAGGCUGUACCAGAGGUGGAGGAUGCACCACUGCCUCCAGAUUUCGUGACGAAACCCAUUAAAACAGAGAGUUCCCCACCGGAAGUUCCGGACGAGGUCCCCGAAGAGGCGCCAUUGCCCCCCGACCCGGUUGCUUCUAAGGCUGAAGCCACGCCAGCAGAAGAGGCUGUCCCUGUUCCUGAUGGCUCAGAUGCGGAGUCCCAGGAUGCGGACGAGUCUGACUUCAGUGAUAGCGGCGAGGAGAUUACGCAUGAUGAGACGAAGAUUGCCAGUCCCAAGCUGUCGGCUGGAACCUCCUUUGGCGGUCUAUCCGAUAAGAGCUCUACUGGUGGAUUCUUUAGUGGGUUCUCGAAGGCUGCGCCCAAGGAGGAACCGAGCCAUCGUCCGCGACACCUGUUUGGGGAAAUUUCCAAGCAGCCCAUCCUUCCGCCUCCAUGCCGUGAGCCCUUCCGCUCACCUAGCCCCACCCGCAUCGGCACGCAUAAGAGUACACUGUUCUCCCGGAAACCCGAGACCCGACAAGCCGGCAGUGCUUUGGCUUCUAGGAAGGCUUCGUUGAGUCAGAUUGUUCAGCGCGAGGGUCAGCACAGGAAACCCAGUGACGCUGCUCGCCAGGAGCGGGCUCGCGCCGAGGCCGCCUCCCUGCGUCGGGCAGAGGAAGAUGUUCUUGCUCUUUCUGAUGACGACGAAGACGAGAGGCUCCGUGCUGAUCUUGCUCGCCCAGUCGAGCCCAUCGCUACGCUUGAUCCGUUCCUCCCCCACCAGAACUACACUGGUGAUACGGUUAAGCCAGGUAUUCCAGGAAUGAUUGAGCGACUCUAUCGUGACAUUAACUCUAUGGUCGAUACACUGGGCAUCAAUGCUCGGUCGCUGGAAUCGUUCCUGCUUUUCCAACAGCCGGCCGAAAGUUCCGACGCGGACAAGUGGGUCGAAAUCUUGCGGAGUGACAACCCUGCAAAUGUCCUAGAUGAGGAGACAUUCCUUCAGGAUAUCAGUAACUUCGAGGACGUGGUUGCGGCAAUGUCCCGGUCCCUUGAUGAACAGCGUCUUCAAGGCGUGGAGGAGAAGUUGGACGCGUCCCGAGAGCUGCUCACAAAGGACAUCGUGACGCUGCGCGGUCAAUUUGCCAGCAUCCGCAAGACUCUCGACGCACUGACUGACACUGGUGUGAUUCUCUCGGCCCCACUUUCUGCUGAACAAGCUGCUCUUCAGCACGAUCUCCGGACCGCGUUUACAAAUCUGCAAGCUAAGAUGGCGGAACUUGAGCAAGGCGUUUCAAUGCUGCGUGCCAAGAUGGCUGACAUUCCACGCCCCGAUGGAGCUGGCAGCGGCUCUCGGAAGCGACCUACCGUGGAAGCCGUCUCUUCAACCAUUGCCACUAUGAUGAGCAUGGCCGAGAACAAAAGCAGCGACAUUGACGUUCUUGAGGCUCAACUAAAGAAGCUUGGUGUCGACACCUCGUCGUCUCGUCCCGUCAGCCGCGAAGGGUCCCCGUUCACCACUCCCCGCAAGAACGUUGCUCGUUUCCCUGCUACACCGGGCUCGCGUGGCUCUAUUGACGGCAGCGCUUACCACACCCCCGAGUCUGCUUCUCGCGGUCUGAAUUUCCGGGCUAGUAUCAACGGCUCCGCGAAGCAUAGCCGCCUGCGAAGUGUCGAUAUCGCCGGGCCCGUUGCCGUUCGCGAAGGAAGCACCACGCAGUGGAAGGCGAAGGCUCAACGCCGGAAGCACUUGGUUGGCAGUUUGAAGGAAGCGAUCGAAAAGAAGGAGAAAAAGGUUCGAGGCAUUGAUGACUUUUAA